ACUUCUCUCUAUCUUCAAACAAGAAUCUCUUAUCUCCUUUCCUUUAUCCAGAUAUUUUUGUGUUCCUCUGACUGAAUCUUUCGAUUCAUCUUAUCCAUGGCGAAUUGAUGUUCCAUCAUUCUUAUCCAUUUACUUUCUAAUUCCAGUUUUCGAUUGGAGCGCUUUUUGAUUUGGGGGUGGAUUAGCCAUCUAGUUUUUACUCAACUCUUCCACUGGGGAAAUGAGUACUCUGCAAGGUCCAGUUGUUUGCCCUUCUGUCCGUGGGAAGCAAGGUGGGGUUCAUGCAGUUCCUACAGUUGAUGGGCCUUUAAUGAAGGCAAAGAUUCAUAGAAGUGGAAUAUGGGGAUUUAAAGGCAUCAACAGCCAUAGGGUUCGAGUGCGCAAUCAGCGUGUGUCAAAGACUGUGACAUGUAGUUUCAGUUCAUCUUCAAAUGGGAAUGGUAGCAUGGCAGAGAGUUUCAAUGAAAAUGAUUCAGAUUAUGUCAACUCUAGUAUAGUUGAAGCUGUUGAGGUCAAGAGUGGCCCUGAUGGGUUUGUGAUCAAAAUGAGGGAUGGAAAGCAUUUAAGAUGUGCUCAUAACAACCCGCAAGGUGGGCAUCUGCCUGAUUAUGCUCCACAUCCUGCAAUUGUACUGAAGAUGGAAGAUGGGACAGGCCUUCUCCUUCCGAUAAUCGUUUUGGAGAUGCCCAGUGUAUUGCUUAUGGCGGCUAUGCGGAAUGUGCAAAUUGCUAGGCCAACUAUGUAUAAUGUGGUGAAAGAGAUGAUUGAUAAGAUGGGCUAUAAAGUCAAGCUUGUUCGAGUAACCAAGAGAAUACAUGAGGCAUAUUUUGCUCGACUGUAUCUCACAAAGGUAGAUGAUGAAAAUGACUGUGUUAGCUUUGACCUGCGUCCAUCUGAUGCCAUCAAUAUUGCUGUGAGGUGCAAGGUGCCAAUACAAGUGAACAAGUUCUUGGCUUAUAGCGAUGGGAUGAAGGUUGUUGAAUCUGCAAAGCUUUCGUUCCAGGGUUCUCCAGAUGGUUUAAUAUUUAAAGAACUUGAUCGACCAAGCGGACAGCCUUGUGUUGAAACGAAGGAGUUUAAUCUUGUACGAAACAUGCUUAUUGCUGCUGUUGAGGAACGCUAUAGAGAUGCAGCUCAAUGGAGGGAUAAGCUGACUCAAUUCCGAUCAAAGAGGAACUGGGCAUAAACAGUAAACCAUGUUUUGUGUUUGUGUUAUAUGUUGCAGGAUGAUCCAUCCAAUCUGUAAAUAAUCGGUCUGCAAAGCUGGGUUCUUUAGUAAAUAAUGUGGUCUAUCGAUGUAGUUUACGUACGUAUUAUGUUGUAAAUAUGUGAAUAGUUGAAAGAAUGAUGGGUGUCUGCUGUUAAUUGACAAUUGCUUUUCUGCAAAUUGGGCAAGUUCCCAAGCUUAUUUAUAUAUGCAUUAUAUAGUUCUGCCA